AUGGUCGUUCUCAACUUUACCCUCACCCCCGAGGCGGCUUCCAAAGUCCAUGAUCUUCUUGUCUGUCUAGGCAAAUUCAGCGACACCGUAGCCAUCGAAGCGCGUCGAGAAAAGUUCACAUUCACUGCACUCAACUCUUCUAAAUCCGCAUAUGCCGCCGUUACUUUAGAUGGUAGACAAUUCUUCGCCAGCUACGAGUGUGUCCCAAGCCAUGGCGGACCUGAGGGUCGCUUCACGUGCAGCAUGUACACCAAGGCCCUCUUGUCAGUGUUCAAAGGGCGCCUGUACGAUCCAGUAGGGCGGGAUGGUGCGAUAGACCGCUGUGAGGUGAGCGUGCAAGAGCGAGAGAACGAGACACAAUGUCGGUUUAUUGUCAAGAUGGUUUGCAACCAGGGUGUUAUCAAAACAUACAAGCUCACCUACGAAGCUGUGGAGGUGAUGCAUGCACUAUUUGAUCGGUCGGUAGCAAAGAAUCGGUGGACCAUGCACGCUGGUGCUGUGAGAGAGUACAUCGAGUAUUUUGGUACCAAAACCGAAAUGCUCGACAUAUUUGCAGGAGACGACGGUCGCUGCGUAUUCAAGAGUUAUACCGAAAAGAUCUCCAACGGAAAGGAGAUCUUGAAGCACCCACUUGUCACAGCCGUGGCCGUCAACACAUCGGAUUUCGAAGAGUUCGUCGUGCAAUCUGGCAUACAUAUCAUCAUCAACGUCAAAGAUUUCAAAGCCAUUGUCAUGCACGCAGACACUCUAAAGACAAACCUGAGAGCCUUCUAUUCUCAGCCAACCCGGCCGUUACAAUUCAGCUAUGGAUGCGAUGGUCUGUUUUGUGAAUUCACAUUGAUGACUUCGGGCAAUUACACCGCUGCUCCAUCCGCACCCAUACCUGCCCCCGCGCCUCAGACAACACACAACAGGAAUACACCUCGUACACCAUCAACAACGACGAUGGAGCGUGAAGGUAGUCGCAGCUUUCAGUCUGAUAUGCCUCCACCAGUGCAGCCGGCAUCUCGGCGCGAGGGUUCAAGCCGCCUAGGAUCUCGCCAGACCUCAGUUCAGGCGCAGUCGCCGCAUCGCGAUCCCGAAAGUCUUUUCGUACCUGAAGAUGAGGAUGCGGCAUGGGCGCCUAUGGAUUAUGAGAAAGAAGAGACUCUCGGCUGGGAUGCCAGUGCCACCCACGAUGCAUCAGCUUUCCCAACCUUUACAGAUAGCGGUAGUACUUCGAGGGCAAAUACGUCUGAAAACAAUGAAGUAUUCGAGCCCACACAGCGUGUAUCACAGGUUAAGGGAUUAUGGUAA